GCCCGGAAUCGGUUCAAAAGAAAGGAAAACAUCAAAAUUGAGUCCAAAGCGAGCCCGUAAUCCAAACAGACCUUGAGACAUUUUCCCUUCCACGUCCAGAAAUUCAAACACGCCCAAAUCUUCGUUCGAAGAGGAGAGAGAGAGAUGUUGCAGUAUCCGGCGUUCAUGACACAGUACCCAUGGUCGACGAGGAUGAUUCCGACGUCGUUUCUGCUCCCCGCUCAGUGGCCUCAGCCCCCAAGCGACGAGCUCCUCCUCGCCAUGGAAGAGUCCGAUUUUGAAGACAAGUUGAAUGAAAUCAGAAAGACGAAUAGCAACUUAAUAGUGAUUGGGAAAACAUCCGUCGAGAAUGAUAAAGAAGAUUAUGACAAUGACGCAGAUGAUGAAGAAGCCGACAAUGCAGAUGAGUCGGAAGGGGAUGAUUUUGAGCAGGAAACAGGUUAAUUGUUUCGUGCCGCUGCUUUUGUUUGUUUGUUUUUUUUUUUUUUUUUUUAGUUUCCUUGGUACAAAACAAUCAGGUUACAUAGAUUGAGGGAUUUUGUUUAUCAUUCGAUGCCUAAUAAACAUAUAGAGUAUGCUUUUCAGUUUGCUAUCGACCCUGUGAAACCUUCUUGUUUGCUUACAUAUAGAGUAUGCUUUUCAGUUUGCUA